AUGGCCAGCGGAAGAUCCACGAUCAUCAGGCCGCCGCCCGAUGACCCCAACAAGGCACCGAUCGAGAACGUCUUGGAGGUGACGGAGCUCGGUGUGCUUGGUCCGGACAUCUUCACCAACACGCGCCAACCGUGGCACCCGCCCGGCGCCCGGGGCAUCUUCGGCGGCGCCGUUAUCGCCCAGUGCCUCGCAUCCGCGCAGAAGACGGUCCCCAACGACUUCUUCAUCCAUUCGUGCCACUGCUACUUCCUCCUCGCGGGCUCCUCCGAGAUCCCCAUCCUGUUCCACGUGGAACGUGUGCGCGACGGCCGCUCCUUCGCGACGCGCACCGUGCAGGCCCGCCAGCGCGGGCGGUGCAUCUUCACGACGACCGUCUCGUUUGUCAAGGAGGGCAGCGGCGGCGAGAAGCAGGUCCGCCACGCCGCGCCGCUGCCCGAGGGCGUGAGGCCGCCUCCCGCCGAGUGGAACGGCGAGCCCGAGUGGAACACGCACUCGCCCUUCCAGACGCACCGCAUCUCUAUGGUCGGCGCCGACGAGGGCAAAAGGCUCGACGAGAUCAAGAGCCACAACUGGGUGCGCGCGCGCGGCCGCAUCUCGGUCAGCGGCGGCCACCAGGCCCACCUCAACGCCCUGGCCUAUAUGUCGGACAGCUACUUCAUUGGCACCGUCGGCCGCAUCCACAAACUGUGGAGGUUCCCCUUCAAGCCCGAGGAGUUCGACGACCUGCCGCCCGAGAUGAAGGAGCAGGUCGAGAGGCUGAACGAGUUUGAGGGCAACAACGAGCCCGGCGGCAUGGAGUACUGGAAGACGCGCCCGCACCUGGGCAUGAUGGUCAGCCUCGACCACUCCAUCUACUUCCACGAGCCGAGGCGCGUGAGGGCCGACGAGUGGAUGUUCACCGAGAUGGAGAGCCCCUGGAGCGGCGACGGCAGGGGUGUCGUGCUGCAGAAGAUUUUCGCGAGCGACGGGACGCUGUUGGCGACCUGCGUCCAGGAGGGCCUCAUCCGGUUAAAGCAGGAGGAGGACGACGAGAAGGAACCCAAGUCUAAGUUGUGA